ACUGGAGAAAUAAAAGAAGUGGCUUGUGGCACACUAAAGCUGGAAAAAUGCAUAAAUCAUGGACUAAAAUAGAGUUAUUAGUAGUGUUAAGCUGCUUGUAUUUGACUCUAGAGGCAUCUGCUGAAGUACAAGGGAUGUUGCGAGUGAAAGACUCGGAAACUCGCGAAGUCAAAGAUUUAUGUGGUUUGUGGAAUUUCCGCGCUGACAUGUCAAAUGACCGAAAAGCGGGCUUUCGGGAGUCAUGGUUCUCAAAGCCACUUUCAAAGUCUGGUGCAACCAUUCCAAUGCCUGUGCCAUCAAGUUAUAAUGACGUUACCCAAGAUAGGACCCUUAGGGACUUUAUAGGAUGGGUGUGGUAUGACAGAGAAUUCUUUGUCCCUCAUUCUUGGAAUGACUUGAACAAGACAAGAGUUGUGUUGAGGUUUGAAAGUGCACAUUACUAUAGCAUAGUGUGGGUGAAUGGGAAAAAGGUUGUAGAACAUGAAGGUGGACACCUCCCAUUUGAAGUUGAAAUCACAACAGAUCUUGCUUACAACGGCAAAGUCAACUGGAUAACAGCAGCUGUGAAUAAUACCCUUACACCAACAACACUACCGCCAGGGACCAUAGAAUACCUGACAGGAGGUGAUGGGUAUCCUCCAGGUUACUUUGUUCAAAAAUACAAAUUUGACUUCUUCAACUAUGCAGGCAUCCACCGACCUGUCAAGCUGUACACCACAUCCAUAGCAUAUCUCUCAGAUAUAACCAUCACCACAUCCUAUGACCAAACCUCUCAGUUAGCUGUUGUUCAAUUUGACUGUCAAGUUGGAGCCCCUGAUACAGUACCUGAGAAUGAAAUUACAAUGAAAUAUGAUUUGUUAGAUAAGGAUAACUAUGUGGUGGCUACAKAUAGUGGUGCUGACAUGUUUAAGGGWCAGUUUACAAUUAAGAACCCAAUACUUUGGUGGCCUGUUGGUAUGAGUAACAUCACUGCUUACCUGUACACACUGAAAGUAACCACUAGUGUACCAUCUAGAGAUCUGCUUGAUAUUUACCGCAUACCAGUUGGAAUCAGGACAGUAAAAGUAGAGAAAACAAAGUUUCUGAUAAAUGACAAGCCAUUUUACUUCAAAGGUUUUGGCAAGCAUGAAGAUUCAGAUGUAAGUUUUAAACAUGUAGUAAACCAGGAAAAAGCAGCCUUUUGUUGGGAUUUCUGUGGUCUGACAUUAAUAAGUCUGCCAAAAAACAAAGAUACAAGUCAGUUUAGUGACGUCAUCUUAUGUAAUCAUUACUACGCAUGGUACCAGGACUACGGCCAUACAGAACUCAUCAGUGCACAACUCGAAAAAGGGCUCAGAGACUGGUUUAACAAGUUCCAAAAACCGGUUUUACAGUCAGAGUAUGGUGCUAACACCGUUGCGGGGAUGCAUGCAGACCCUCCUGCGAUGUUCACUGAGGAAUACCAGGUGGAAACAUUGCAGCAAUAUUUCCCCGUAUUUGAUAAACUGAGGAAGGAAUUCUUCGUCGGAGAAAUGAUUUGGAACUUUGCUGACUUCAUGACCGCGCAAGUUAUCAAGUUUGAAAGCCGAGCUUCGCCAGUAAAUUCCAUUCCAAGUCAAGCUUUAAAUAGUCUAAGACGCAAAUAAUUUUUGUAUUAAUCUCGAAUGUCGUUAAAAGAGUAUGAUGAUACCGUAUUUGAUAAAUUAUAUCAUGUUUUUUAUAUAGUGUUUUUUAUAAAUUUGAUUCAAAAUGGAUUUUUAUCGAUGUAAAGAGAAACGAAUGCGAUUUAGUGGUCUUUCUUGAACACUAGACUGAUUACUCUAACCCUUUGUAGCUCAAAUUGAUGUCAGAUUCAAUGUAGGUAGUCUGUAAGUGUAACCACUCGAUGAUAGUGCAUGUACUGCAAAUAUUUCAGUAAGGACUGAGUAUAGAACGGAUUCCUCUGACUGUGAAAAAAAAGAAUUGGAAGAAUGGGUGUCAUCUUUUUGCGAUUUCAAGACUGUGUGAACAAUAGGCAACUAACUUCAAAAUUACACGAGUGAAGUUUUCCA